ACAUCUUUAAAAUUUUUACAAAGUUUCAAGCUUUGAUAAAUUAUAUUUCAGAAACGACGUGGCCAAAAAUUUUUUUUUUUUUGUGCUUUGUAAUGUCAGUUUCGAUAACAUAUAAAAGUUUUAGAAAAGAUCCUACACGGAAAAAAAUAAAUAGAAAGAAAAUCGUCGAUAGAAAAGAUAUGGAGGGUAGAGGUACCUCUACCCUCCAUAGUAAAGAAAUUUUGAGUAGAGUUGAGUAUUCGCGGGUGAAAUAGCAUGGAGACAUGGAGAGUAAUGCUAGGAGGGGGUAAAAAUAUUCCAUCAUCUAGCCACGCUGGCACGCUGCUCAGUAACUUCUUAGCCAGCAUAAAUUUCUAGCAUCUUCGAGUAGUGGUCAGCACAUUGUCUCUAUUUCCUACAAUUAGUUCAAUCUAUUUUUUUAUACAAAAUAAUUCAUCACAAUGUCUUUGGUUCGUUAUUUUCAUCUUUUGGAACCUUUUAUAUUGGUAUUGCAAAGAGCGAUUCGAAACCUUCAGAAUUCCACGUCUACUGAUGAAGGUUGUGAAGGAGUUGCGAACAUUAUAUAUUCAGAUAUAAAAUUACACUCCGAUGAUAUUGCACAACUUAAUUCAACCUUGGAGGAAAUGAUUAACAAGGAGAUCGAGCUGAAUAAAGAGUUGAAGGAGCUAUCCAAAGAAUACGAAAGAUUGAAAUCACGAAAAUGUGUAUCUAAAUAUCAAUUGGGCACUCUUCUUCAUAAAAUAGAAAGUGAAGAGGAAAAUAAACGCAUUAUGACUUGCGAAAAUACUGAAAUCGGUAGAAAAUUCCUGGCAUUAAGAGAACAAAACUCAAGUUUAUUUAAUGAGAUGAUAAAUUUAAGCCCUCAAGAGUUAAAGACAAUGAUUAUAAAUGAAAGAAUCAGGCGGCUAAGUUAUGAAGAUAUGUAGAUUGCUACUUGGCUGGGUGACCACUUAGCCAAGCGUCGGGUUCGGACGAAGGUCUCCUGACCUUUAGGCGCGGGAUGAAGAUCCUGUGACUGGUAAAAUGUGAAUUUUAUUGAUCACUGGAGCAUCACUCAAACCGAACUAUACUGGUUAGGGUUUUCUCUGUGGUUUUCGUACGCCACUGCACCUCCACCGCAAAGUGAGGUAAUGGAGCAUCACCAUAAUUGAUGCAGUACAGUAUAAAAACACAAGUCGGGCCACAAUCGCAAAAAUAAAGAGAGAAAAAGCUUAGGGCCUUAAAGGUAAAAACAUUGUAAAAAAAACUGUAGAAGCUGUAAAAUUAAAGCACUCUACCAAUAUAAAUGAUAGAAAUUAAUAUUAUUAAUAUAAAUGUAAUUAUUUUUGUAUUACACUAUACUAUUUCUUUAGAUUUAAAUAAUCUGAUUGGAUUUCCAAUUGUAAUAUUAUUAUAAAACAUAUUGUAAUAUUAUGCAAAUAUAUAAAAACAUAGAUUUGUAAUA